UCCACGUGGUCAAGUGCCGAAGCUGUUGAUGAUUGUUGGUUCUCUGAUGCAGAGGAUGGAGCUGAAGGAUUCCCAAUCGAGAUACUACGAUAUAAUGCAAAUCGACAAGAUGAACAACAGAUGGGUGUAUUACAAAUCCAACGCCUCUGUUUCCAGUGAUGGAACUCCAUGAAU